AUGGCCAAAGUAUAUGUUGGAAAUCUGAGCUGGAGCACGACCGAUGAUGGUCUUGCUCAGGCUUUUAGUCCUUACGGACAGUUGACUGACUAUAUUGUGAUGAAGGACCGCGAGACUGGUCGUUCGCGUGGUUUCGGCUUUGUGACAUUCAUGACGCAACAAGAAGCCGAUGCCGCUAUCAUGGCUUUGAAUGAGCAAGAGCUCGAUGGCCGUCGCAUUCGUGUCAAUAUGGCAAACUCACGUCCCCCUAUGAUGGGUGGCGGUUUGUCUGGCGCAAACUUGGGAUACAGUGGUCUUACAGGUGGCUACGGCGCCGGCGCUUACGGUGCUGCACAGCCAGGCUACGGCUAUGGCCAACCUGCUGGCUUUGCAUAUGGCCAACAAGCGGGUUAUCCCGGCUACCAGCAGCAACCGUAUGGAGCCCCGCAGCAUGCUGCUUAUCCUCCUCCUCACGCUGGUUACCCACCACAACAGGGCGCCUACCCUUAUGGUGCGCCCCAACAGUAUAGUGCUCCUACUCAGCCCUAUCAGGGCCAGCCUCCCCAAGGCGGUCAAGGCUAUGGCAACCAAGGCUACUAG